CAACUUCAGCUAUAAGUGAAUUGAACAAGGACCCUCUGGGAGAACCCGAGAGAAAGAGAGCGUGAUCGCGGUGUGUUUAGAAUAUGAACGUGUGCGGGCGUUUAGAGGUGCAAAAAGAAAAGUGAAAAGUUUCUUUUCUUUUCACACUGGCCAAUUUGGAACUCUUUUAUUGCUGGGAAAGCCCGCUCCGUUGGUGCGAAGAGAACGAAUGAACACAGGCCGAAAGAGCGAACACCGCACGAUCGAUCAGCCGGCAAUAAACGAAGAAGAAAGGAAACUAAAAAAGGAGGUGGUGACGAGUCCGAAAAGCAUACACACAUCGGCUUUACAAGACGGUCGGUGGCGAAGAAGCGGAAGAGAACAAAAACAAAAGCGGGCAAGCAGAAAAGCGUGCCGAAGCAUGCAUUGAAGGAAAGAGUGAGAGAGGGAGACAAAUAGCGAAAAAUUCCGCAUCGUUUGGUAAUGGACGGGAGGUGUCGAAGCGAGAGAGCGAUGCCAUACUACGCCAGAGCGAGACGGACCAUGUCUUUAGGGCUAUUGCCGGUGCCGCCACAGCUGAGAGUAGAGUGGUGAAGCAAUCCGCAGCCGAAGUGACGGAGGUGCUAAGGGCAUAAGCGCGCCGAGAGAGCAGUAGAUGCAAGCCAGGCAUGAGAAAGGUGCCGCUGCUGCCCGAAGGAUAUCGUCGGUCUAGUAGCGCUGAGCGUCAGCAUAACCGUUUUCGUGCGCGAUCGUGAUUGAUGUUCGUUCGACUCGGCGACCCCCUUGAUUUUCUCGAGUGAGUGGAAAGUGUGACUCCUAAAGGUGGAAACGUUCAUGAGCCGUCGCCUUAGUUUGAUGUGGGGGUAUACUCUGUAGACGGUAGAUGAGAACAGAACAACGGCCGGUCAGGUUUUUUUGGAAGGAUAUGGGAUUGCCCGCUUGGAUCUAGAGUGUGGAUUUGAGCUCGGGAAUUCUGGUUCAGUGGAACGGUGAUCGACCUGCCGUAAGGACUGUGAAGCUGCGCGGUGUCCUUGGAAGUGAUGAUCGGUUGCACGGUCGGUGGAAAAUGAUCGAUUCAGUGAUAGCAGCUUCCGAUAGUGUUAGAAAAUAGGCAUUUUGGAUUCUUGUGUGAAUCUUCUGAAGUGAUUGCCAAAGACGUGUAACAUUCUACUCAGUGAUAAGUGCGACUAGAAGUGCCAAUCGGGAUAGUUUUCCUUUCGGAACCGGAAAGUGAGUGACAGAUUCCUAAUGUGGACGGAAUCUAGGACGAUGGAAGUGGUGUCGAUAGUGCUGGUCUGCCUCCUGGCAGUCAGUGCGAACGGUGAAGUGGAAAGCAAGAGCAAACCAGGGCGAGGUCGGGGGUCCAUGUGGUGGGGAAUCGCCAAGGCCGGUGAACCGAACAACAUUUCGCCGCUGGCGAACGGCAUGAUCUACAUGGACCCGGCGAUCCACGCCACCCUGAGGCGGAAGCAGCGGAGGUUGGCGCGCGAAAACCCCGGCGUGUUGGCGGCCAUCGCCAAGGGCGCCAACAUGGCCAUCAACGAGUGCCAGCACCAGUUCCGGAACCGGCGGUGGAACUGCUCGACGCGGAACUUCCUGCGCGGGAAGAACCUUUUCGGGAAGAUCGUGGAACGAGGUUGCCGGGAGACGGCCUUCAUCUACGCGAUCACCAGCGCCGCGGUGACUCACAGCAUAGCGCGCGCCUGCAGCGAAGGAUCGAUCGAGUCGUGUACGUGCGAUUACUCGCACCAGAGCCGGGCCCCGCAAGCCAGCACGAUGGGUGCCGUGGCCGGUGUGCGGGACUGGGAGUGGGGCGGCUGCAGCGACAACAUCGGUUUCGGGUUCAAGUUCUCGCGGGAGUUUGUGGACACCGGGGAGCGGGGUCGGACGCUCCGCGAGAAGAUGAACCUCCACAACAACGAAGCCGGACGAGCGCACGUCCAGUCGGAGAUGCGCCAGGAGUGCAAGUGCCACGGGAUGUCCGGCUCGUGCACGGUCAAAACCUGCUGGAUGCGAUUGCCGAGCUUCCGAGUGGUGGGCGAUCUGCUCAAGGAUCGCUUCGAUGGCGCCUCCCGAGUCAUGGUCAGCAACAGCCUGCGGACCAGCGUGAACGAGGCCACGCUCUCGAACCGGGCCAAUCCGAACGGGCUCAAGGCCCAGAACCAGGUCGGUGGCGGUGCCGGCAAUGGCGGCGGGAUCGGUGGACCCAACAGUGUUUCAAGCAACUCGAUCCACGCCCGGAGUCAUCAGCAGAAGAAGAUCAAUCGAUACAACUUCCAGCUGAAACCUCACAACCCGGACCACAAACCGCCGGGUUCGAAGGACCUCGUAUACCUGGAACCGUCACCGGGGUUUUGCGAUCGGAACCCGAGACUGGGCAUUCAGGGAACGCACGGCCGCCAGUGCAACGACACCUCGAUAGGAGUCGACGGGUGUGACCUGAUGUGCUGCGGCCGAGGCUACCGGACGCAGGAGGUGAUCGUGGUGGAACGGUGCGCCUGUACCUUCCACUGGUGCUGUGAGGUAAAGUGUAAGCUCUGUCGGACCAAGAAAAUCAUUCACACAUGCCUGUGAGGUGGACGAAAGAUUUUAUUUUCGCGUUCGUCGGUCAUCUUCGGCGUAAAGUCGAUCUCUGAAUCAUAAUCUCGUGAAUGGUUGUCGGGUAGAAGCGAAGAGACGUGGUAGGUUAGUCGCGCGACAAACACAAACCACCGGUGUUCAGUAGGGUGGCCCAAUCAAAUCUUAUUCAAUCAUAUUGAAAGAUUUCCAUUUCAACGUAGCAUAAAACAUGUGUCAAGAAAUUCGAUGACUAUUUUUUUGGGGCCACCCUGUGUCUACCCCGUCGUACAGAAAGCGGUGGGAACCAAAGUAUUCGAGAGAAAAACGAGAACAUCUUCUUAUCUUGGAUAUUCGACUUUUGUUUUAAGCCAUAAUGCAUGACAAUUUGUGCUUCCCUGUGAGAGAGCGUUCAGCGUUCUAUCGGUUUUCUUCGCGUGGCAUUUCUACCUUCAUGUGAGUAGCUGAAAAAGUUUAAGAUAAAACCCGAACCGAGAUUAGGAUUCCGGAAUCGACUUGAACGGGGGUGGUACAGGCAUGCGGACGCGGAAGAAUAUUGUAAAUAUUUCAGCUUUUUAUGAAUAUUAUUUAAAUAACUAAAUUGACUACCAAAAAUAUUUUAUAUUUCUUCAUCGCUUGGAGCAUUAUUCUUUGGUUAUUUUUUGAGUUUGCAGAAGAAAAAUAAUUUUAAGAAGAAGGUUUCCCCUGCCCGCUUCGCACCUGUUCUCCCGUCUGAGGAAUUGUAUCAUAUACCUACCUAAGUAUUUAUUUACUCGAAAAGCAGCUAAGGUUUAGUGAAGCAAAAACAGCGAAAAUGUUUCAGUAUUAAAUGUUCUAUUUAAUCUUUUGAUUAAUUGUAGAAACUAAGACGAACCUGAAAACGCAUUGACCUUGUAGCUUUGUAAGCGAAAACGAGAUCCCAGUUAUUUUAUCGAAUAGUAAGAUUGUUUUGUUUAGAUAAGGUGUGUACAUAACGAAAGCAAGAACGAAUUUUACUAAGUUAUAAAGAGUAAUGUGUUUUAUGUAUUAGAGAAUAGUGGAACGAAAAAUUAUAACAGACUAACAAUCAAACGAAAGACUGAUAGAAAUUAAAACAAUUUUGCCCUGAGAGAAAGCAAGAAAGAACGAUAGCUUUGUUUUGAAAAUUUACAGCUGUUCAGUAGGAAUAUCAGUGCAGGCACUAAUUUUGCAGAAAAAACUACUUUAGUUAUUAGGUUCUAGACAGGACUUUUUGUUGGAGCGUUGAUAUUUUUGAAUAUUAUCUACUAAGUUUGUAAAGCUCAAUGAUCUCGUUGGAAUCCCUUUCGUUGAAAGCGCUGUAUUUCCAAUUGAUCUUGUGGGAUUUUGGUUUGAUAACAUUUAAUUCUGAGGCUCAGAUUUUCUAUCUCAUUCGCACAAUUAUUAAAACAGGUUGAAUUCAAUCAGUCCACAUCAAUUACCAUCUUGAUGAUGUUGUUCUAUUUGUAGGAACCAAAUAAGACCCAGAGUACCGGAGAGCAAUUACUAUUGAAUUUUUCCUCAAAGAGUCGAUGAUCAAAUUAUUUGAACUUUUGUCUCACAACUUUCUCAACGAUUAGUACUGCGCCUCUAAACGAACGAGAUUCAAACGUGAUCAAUGAGUUUUACUAACCCAAAUGAAACAUUUUCAAAAAUUCCUCCCUUCAACAAAAAUUUCACGUUUCGAGAUUGACAAAAUUUGUACCAACUUUCCCAGUUUCAUCAUACUGUGACGAACAGAAUCACCGUUAAUUGUUUAUUGGUCCUAAUCGAUAAAGGUUAUCUUCUUCGAAAGUUUGUUCUCCCUAACGCCAACAACAAGAUCAAACUUGAACAAUCAAAUCAAAACCCUCCUUACGUGUUGUAAAUAUUAGUCGGCAUAAGCAGUACUUAUAUCGCUAAUUAGCUUUUAAUUGUGCUUAAGUGUUUCUGAUCAACAUAGUAACUUAUUAACUCCUCUCGAUUUUGAUCAGUGCCCAUAGCCAUGUAAGAAGUACCCCAUUCUUAGUUGUACAUAUAAAAACUGCAGAAGCUCCUGUAGCGUCGUAGACAAGUGAUAGUGAUGUUUCAAAGAACACGAUUUGGAUUUAACUACUUAUUAAGGAUAGAGGAAACAAAACAAGCGCACCUUCGCUCGGCUCCCGCCCGGUAGUCUGUGCGAUUUGCUUUUGCUCUGUAUGCUCCCUACUUAGUUAUCAACUUAACUUAGAAAUGGAUGUUUGUCUCCCCUUGCCCCAUUUUUGUAUCGUAUUAUACGCCCUACUUACAUUUAAACAACUUUAGGUAGUGAAACAGUUAAAUUGAUGUUCAAUUUGUAUAGGUGAUUGUUUGUAUGUAUGUAUGUGAGAGUAUGAGCUAAACAAUAAAACAUUGCAGAAGAAAACUGCAAGUUGAACGGCAACAACUAAUAACGCAACGAAAAACUAACACGCUUUUGUAUUUUUUUUUACAAAUUAUAACUGAAUGUUGAUGCAAAAAAUAAUAUUGAUGGCAAAAAAGAUUUGAAUAAUAGAAAAGACUUUUUUCAUGACAAUCGAAA